AUGACCUCUCGUACUGAUGACUACUUCCCAUCAAAGGAUCCGGGAUCAACUACCAGAAAUCGAAUCCCGCUACUGUCUUCCCCUCUAGACAGACCUAGAUUUAAACUACCCGACUUGAAAGUCGGAAACAAAAUCGGGUUUGUCGGUUCGGUCUCCCUCCUAGUCUCGAGCAUCACGGGUCCAGGCCUCGUACUCGUCACAACGCUCUUUCAGCAAGCUGGUCUUGUUUUACCGACACUCGCCUUCCUGCUAAUAGGUUUAAUGACCAGUCUCACAUCGCUAUUCUUAGCCGAAGCUAUCGCAAACUUUCCAAGAAACGAGAGACUCGAAAGAGAUGUGGAAUUAUCGACCCUCGUACGCCAUUUCUUUGGAAGAAGGUGGGAAGCCGUCAUGCAGGUCGUCCUGUAUCUAUCUAUGCAGAGCUUGAAUAUUGCUUCCAUCAUCAUAUCUUCCCAAACUCUGGAUCAGUUUCUAGUAUCAUUAGCAGGUCAGACUUGUGGGUUAGCGCUGAGUAGUCCAGGGCCUGGCUGGGUGUGUGUAAAUACCGUCAGUCAAUCGAAUUCUCCCUUUGAGAAUACCUAUAUGCUCUUCACGUCAGGAUAUCUAAUACUGAUUGGAAUGAUUAUUCCACUCGCAAUGCUGAGGCUGGCUGAUAACAUUAUAGUCCAACUAUUAUCUAUGGUAACCCUCAAGUUCAUCGUGCUUACAUGGAUUGUUUCCUUCUCUAUGAAGGGACUGAAUCCGUCACUUGUCCCUCUUUUUGGUGACAAUUACUCUGGCGUCGCUUCGACACUCGUCGUCAACUUUGCAUAUCUUACUACACUGCCUUCAUGGAUUGGUGAAAAGCAUAAAGAUGUUAGUGUUCCUAAAACGAUUUACACUUCUGUCGGGAUUUCAACCUUUAUAUACAUUUCAUUGGGCAUCAUUGGAGGAAUGUCUGUGAAGAUGGAACACAACUCUAAUAUUCUCAGCACGAUUUCUGGUGAUCCGACUAGCUCGGUCUUGAUGAGAGUCACUACAUUCAUAUUCCCGAUUGUUGUGCUAGUUACUAGUAUUCCGAUUUACUGUAUCGUCAUACGGUACAAUCUACGACAAAGUGGCCUAUUUGGCCCUUGGGGAGCUUUAGGGAUGGCGGUCAUUGUGCCGUUUGUAUUCGUUAUUCCAUUCCAGACUGGAUCGUAUUUGAACAGCUUCCUUAAUUGGACUAGCUUAAUCUUUACUUCGGUCGCAAAUUUUUGGGCACCAUUGUUAAUUUAUAUUUGCUUACCUUACACCAAGGCCUAUAUUCAAAGAUCUGACUUUGUUGCAUUGCCCUAUAUGCACAAUGUACCUGCAUUAGAAGAUGAAACUCAACAUCAACACCAUCAUUUUAUAAGGAAUAGUCCUGCUACAAUAGAGCCUCUGCCAUCAGACUCACCAGCACUAAUACCAGCCAUAACACUAUCAACACCAACACAGGAGGACUCUACGAAAUCUCCGUCCUCAUUUUGGCUGUCAUCAGCCCUACCGCCACGACUAGUCCUAACGAGAGAAACAGGCGACGAAGUCGACCUGUCCGAAGCCAAACACCUAGACAAUGACGGAAUGUCAUACAAGACAUCUAAAAUGUCACCACGAUCUGGGUUUCUGAGUUUAUCAUCACGACAAUCGGCUUCUGAUGGUGAUUAUAUUGAUGGAGGAGGAGGUGGGUUGACGCCGCCGCCGCGGCCAAGAUCUGGUUCUGUAGGGUCUAUACAUGCUGGAUCGCUGAGAGGUAGUCCGCAUGCUGCUACCGUAUUAGGAACGUAUAGUCCCGUAGAACGCCGUCCAUCUAUCGAGAUGGAGGCAUUCGAAUUCGAAAAGGGGGUCUUGUCUUACCCGUAUUUGUCGAUGCCUAGAAUAUCUCUAGGCCGUCGUAGUAGUUAUAACAGUGAAAUUAUGAUCAAUGGUAGUGGUGUGCAUGGUACAGACGGAACUGGAGAAACGUUUAAUGAUGGUAUGAUGAUUAUGGAUGAAGAUGAGGACGAAGCAGCAAUUCGGCCAGUUGAAGAUGAGAGUGUUCCUGAAGUCUUUUCGGCGUUGCCGACUGCUUUUCGAGGCUGGUCGAAGUGGAUUUCACGAUCGAGUCUGGUUGUUGCUGUUGCGCUAGUCGUUGGGACGAUUCUAUAUGAUAUAAUUGAGACCACGCUUGGGAUUGAUGUGUUUUAA